AUGGAGCCCGUGCUGCUGCGGCCGGCGCCGGUGAGCGAAGUCAUCGUCCUACAUUAUAACUACACCGGCAAGCUCCGCGGUGCUCGCUACCAGCCCGGCGCGGGACUGCGCGCCGACGCCGUCGUCUGCCUGGCUGUGUGCGCGCUCAUCGUACUCGAGAACUUGGCAGUCUUGUUCGUGCUCGGGCGCCACCCGCGCUUCCACGCGCCCAUGUUCCUGCUCCUGGGCAGUCUCACACUAUCUGACUUGCUGGCGGGCGCCGCCUACGCCGCAAACAUCUUGCUGUCGGGGCCGCUCACACUACGUCUGUCGCCCGCGCUUUGGUUCGCGCGCGAGGGCGGCGUCUUCGUGGCGCUCGCCGCGUCCGUGCUAAGUCUCUUGGCCAUCGCACUCGAGCGCCACCUCACCAUGGCGCACCGGGGACCCGCGCCAGCCGCUCGUCGGGGGCGCACGUUGGCGCUGGCGGCCGCUGCCUGGGGCGUGUCUCUCCUCAUCGGGCUCCUGCCAGCCCUCGGCUGGAACUGCCUGGGCCGCUUGGACUCCUGCUCCACCGUACUACCGCUCUACGCCAAGGCCUACAUACUCUUCUGCGUGCUCGCCUUCGUUGGCAUCCUGGCCGCCAUCUGGGCGCUCUACGCGCGCAUUUACUGCCAGGUGCGCGACAACGCGCGGCGCUUGCGGGUGCGGCCUGGGGCUGGAGGAGGCAGCUCGCACCGGGCACGCCGCACGUCGCGCACACUGGCACUCUUACGCACACUCAGCGUGGUGCUCCUGGCCUUCAUGGCAUGCUGGGGUCCCCUCUUCCUGCUGUUGCUGCUCGACGUGGCGUGCCCGGCGCGCGCCUGCCCAGUGCUCCUGCAGGCCGAUCCCUUCCUAGGCUUGGCCAUGGCCAAUUCGCUUCUAAACCCCAUUAUCUACACGCUCACCAACCGCGACCUGCGCCACGCACUGCUGCGCCUCGUCUGCUGCGGCCGUCGUCCAUGUGGCCUAGGCCAGGGCGGUUCCAGGCCGCCUGGGAGCGAGGCUGAGGCUUCAGGUGGCCUACGCCAAUGGCUACCUCCAGGCACGGAUGGCAGCUCCAGCCGCUCUGAGCGCUUGUCGCCCCGACGGGAAGGACUGGACACCAGCGGCUUCACUGGCAGCCCCGGUGCACCCAUGGCGGCCCAGGCCCUGGUGCCUGCCCCUGCUGCUGACUGA